UUUGCUUCGGCGGCUGCAGCAGCUGCUCUCGGCGGGGGCGAGCCAGCUCAGCCCCCAGCAGCAGGAGGAGGAGGCGGGGGCGGCUGCGGAGGGAAGCGCCGCCCCGGCUCCGGCUGGCUCGGCUCUCUCUCUGCUGCAGCAGGAGGAGAAGGCGGCGGUGCGCCUUGGAGACUGCGGUGCCCCGGGCGCGCCUUGGAGACGCGCGUUGGCCCGGCGGCAUGGAGGAGGUCGAGCUGGCGACGGGGGGAGGCCCCGGCGGCGGCCCCGUGGAGAUCCGAGUGGCGGCGGCCGAGGAGGACGAGGAAGACCCGGAGGAGGAAGAGGAGGACGAGGCGCGCCGGCGGGGCCGCCUGUGCCUCAGCCCGUUAGGCGGCGGCAGCUGCAGCGAAGACGAUUCCGGGCGAGGCUGCGGGAAAUCCAGCGGUGGUGAAAAUGACGGAGAUGACUUUGGCCACAGCUGGACGGCUCCCGACCAAGACCUGAUCUUGAAGCUGGUGGCCCAGAUCGAGUAUUACUUCUCGGAUGAAAACCUCGAGAAAGACGCCUUCCUUCUAAAGCACGUCCGGAGGAACAAGAUGGGCUACGUCAGCAUAAAGCUCCUGACAUCGUUCAAAAAGGUAAAGCACCUGACACGUGACUGGAGGACGACAGCGUAUGCCCUGAAAUUUUCGGAGGUCCUCGAGCUGAACGAAGACAACAGGAAAGUUCGAAGGAACACUCCCGUUCCAGAGUUUCCCAGCGAGAAUCUCCCGAGCAAGAUGUUGCUCAUCUAUGACAUCCACCUGGCAUCUGAUCUUCAUCCAGAGGCUGAAAAGCAGGCAAACGGAUGUGUGCAGGAGAAGAUGAUGGAGAAUCUUCUUAAAGCUUUUGUCCGAUUCGGGGUUAUCUCCUCGGUUCGCAUUCUCAAACCCGGUCGGGAUCUUCCGCCCGAUAUCAAGAGGUUCAGCAGCCGAUACAGCCAAGUUGGGACAAAGGAAUGUGCCAUCGUGGAGUUCGAAGAGGUAGACGCCGCCAUAAAAGCGCACGAGUCGAUGUGCAUUGUGGACAAUGAAACCAACAUGAAGGUUGUCCUCAUUGGGAUGAAGCCACCCAAGAAGAAAGUCCUGAAAGACAAGACUCGUGAGGAAGACCCUGGCAAGUGUCUCACCAAAACACGAUCAAUGAACAAGCGAGUGGAAGAACUUCAGUACGUCGGUGAUGAAUCUUCAGCCAACAGCUCCUCCGAGCCGGAGAGCGAUCCGACAUCGCCCAUGUCGGGCCGCCGAAACAGUGCCUCGAAUAAGCUGAGCCCCUCCUCGUACCAGAACAAUCACCUCAGCCCAAAUGUCUCACCAAGGUCCAGUCCUUGGAACAGCCCUUCUUCGUUGCGCAAAGUUCCCAGGAUGUCCCCGCUGGCUGAAGACAGCCGGUUGAGCCUCAGCACCAGUCCCGAAAUGCCAAGGAGGUGCGCCGAUUAUUCGUCAGACAGCAGCAUCACCCCAUCUAGUAGUCCAUGGGUCCAAAGGCGCCGGCAAGCUCAGACGCUGACCCAAGAGAAAAGUCCCGUUGGUAGCCCUGUGCUGAGUUCCAAAAUACAGAACGCAGGCGGGUUACCAGUUGGGGUCUUGCGUUUACCGCGAGGCCCAGAUGGUACAAAGGGGUUCCACAAUGGGCACGAGAGGAGUAAGCCCACCAAGAACGAAUAGGUCUCGUGCAACACUUUUUAAAGAAUUGCCAUUUGGUAGAUUGUUCCAUGGUUGAACGUAUUCAAUGACUUGACCAAGGCAGUAUUUCAUUUUUUAAAAGAACUUUUUGUAUCCAUUAGGCUUUCUAAUGUUUGUAUUUGCCCAUAAUCAACCUUCUUUUUGUAUUUUGGGGGUUUUUUUUACAUUUUCCUUUAACGCAAGAUGCAUUUUUCUUUUUUUCUUGUCUUUUUAUGUCAGGUAGACCAAACCAUUUUCGGGAAAGCUCCUGUAGCAAAACACAAAUAAUUUUGUUGAUGUAUUACUCAGACUUGUAUCUGUUGACCAAGCUGUAUGUUGGAGUCCCUUUUGUUCAUUUGUUUUCGUUACGUAUUGGAAGGAAUUCUGGAGUUCUGGAAGUUUCCUAGUGUCUUGCCUCUUGUUCCAAAGACUCUUCCUAGCAUACGGUACAGCCAAAAAAUAUGGGGAUUUUUUUUUUGGGGGGGGGGGAGGGUACUAUGUGAAUAAAUACCGCAAAGAUUUAAAA